AUGCACUUCACAGGCUCCUCCUUUUCUCCUUGCUUUGACUUUCCCACCUCCUGCAAGCUCUCAUCCUCUGUUGGCAUUUGCAUAUUGGUGUAGCACUUGCAAGGGAAGAAAACCUCACUUCUCUCAGGAGGGAACCAGAGUAUUAUGGGAACUGAGCACUCAAAGAACAAGAAGCGAAGGAACAUGGCUUUUCUUAAGAAAAGUCCAAAGUUGCCUGCAUGGGAAGACGCCCUUCUCUCAGGGAGAGAGCCCAAGUCACUGCUGAAACAGGGAUUGCAUUAUGUCAGCUUGAGCCUCAUGAUGAAAGGGAUGACCAACACGCCUGACUUCUUGUGGGGACUGCACGAGGUGCAGAAGCUGAACCUUUCACACAACCAGUUGGUGGUGAUUCCUCCUUUGCUGGGGAAACUGGACAGGCUGGUACUGCUGAACUUGGGGGGUAAUUGUCUCAAGAAUCUGCCUAAAGAAAUCGGGCUGCUGAGGAACCUGAAGGUCUUGUUUGUCAAUAUGAAUUGCCUGACAGAAGUGCCAGCAGAGCUCAGCUCAUGCAGGAAGCUGGAGGUUCUGAGCCUCUCGCACAACCGCAUCUCACAACUGCCUUCGAGCUUCACUGACCUGAGAAGUUUGAGGAAAUUGAACCUCAGUAACAACCGCUUUGUGCAAAUUCCCAUCUGCAUUUUCGCACUGAGGAGCUUAGCUUUCUUGCACCUAGGGUCCAAUAGGCUGGAAAACAUCUCAGAGAGUAUCCAGUAUCUGGUCAAUCUGCAGAUCUUUAUUGCGGACAAUAACAACAUACGCAGUCUGCCACGGUCUCUCUGCUACAUCACCACUCUAGAGUUACUAAACGUUGAUUACAAUUGCAUACAGACUCUCCCUGAUGACCUCUACCUUUUGUACCGGCUGCGCCGCAUUGCCUGGAACCCAAUGGAUAAAGGCCUCCAUGUCACCCACAACCCCUUGUCCCGGCCCCUGCCCGAGGUUGUCGAGGGGGGCCUGGAUGCCCUCUUCAGCUACCUCAGGGACAAAAAGGAGCGCAACUGA